GCUAGGUAUUAAAGCAUCUGCAUCUUGGAGAGAAACAAGCCCUGUCACCCCAGAGGGCAUCCCUCUUGCCGCUCUCUCCCAGUUCGGGGAGGAUUGAGUGACAGCAGAUCCGAAAACAAAAGAAAAAGAAAAACGGAAUCAUGGCAAGACAGCAAGGGGCACCCAGAUUUGGGACCGCAGGAGUUCUGCUGCUGCUUUUGGCUACCCUGAUGAUUCAAAGAGGGAUCUGCAAGCAGUGGCAUUAUGGAUAUAAUUCUUGUGAGAAUGACCAGCAGAUAAUACCCGACAGAGGUUAUCAUAUGACCCGUUCCCAUUGGGUAUGUGGGCGACCAAUCACCCUGAAUAGAAAUGUCGGGGGUGAGGACUCUGUGGAAGGUGAAUGGCCAUGGCAGGUCAGUGUGAAGAAGAUGGGCAAGCAUAUCUGUGGAGGGGCUUUGAUAACCCAUGAUUGGAUUGUGACCGCAGCACAUUGCUUCCCACCAGAAGGUGAUCUCUCCCAAUACUCCGUGCUGCUAGGGGCCAACAAACUGGAGAAUUCCUGGCCCCACAAACAGUCCAUAGGAGUUGGAGACAUAAUCAGAAAUCCCCGCUAUGCAGGGGAGGCCACAAGCGGAGACAUCGCCUUGGUGAGGCUGAUCUUCCCAGUGAGAUUCACCAAUUACAUCAUCCCAAUCUGUGUACCUGCACCCAACGUGGACUUUCCUGCAGGCAUGAUGUGCUGGGUCACUGGCUGGGGAGAUAUCAGUGAAGGACAGGAUCUGCCUUCUCCAAAGAAGCUCCAGAAGCUUCAGGUGCCCAUAAUAGAUCUUCAGACCUGCAGACGGCUCUAUAGUAUUGACAUGGGACCAAAUCUGCCCCAGAAACCCAUCCAGGACGACAUGAUGUGUGCCGGGUAUGCUGAGGGUAUGAAGGACACGUGUAAGGGUGAUUCUGGUGGCCCACUGAUGUGCAAGAUAAACCAGGAAUGGCUGUUGGCUGGUAUUGUCAGCUGGGGAGAAGGCUGUGCUGAGAAGAACCGCCCUGGCGUGUACAUCCGCCUUACCGCAUACCACGACUGGAUUCACAGGAUUAUCCCCAAUUUGGAAUUUGUUGAACCUAGGAGGGGUUACAACACCAGGAUCAGGAAUCAAGGCACUUCUGGAGCUGUUGGGAGGGGACAGGCCUUCAUAACUGCUCUGCUACAGGUUUUGGUGUGGACCCUUAUUCAUAUCUUGCCAUAGGAUCUGUGGGAAAAAGAAGUUAUAAGUGGUCAAGUGCUGCGGGGUUACCUCUCAUCUCAUCUUUCUCCCAUUUCUUGGUCACUCCUAACUUCAUCUGCCCAGGAUUCUAUCCACUUGGCCGUGAGCAGCACUUGCACAGGGAGAUACAAAUGAAGUGAGGGCAUGGAUGUCUCUGCAGACGUAGAGAUGGUUUGGGGCUUCCUUCUCAGCAGAGGGAUGCAACACCCUUUCUCAUGAGCCCUACUAGCCACUGUCUCCUUUCUUGCCAGAAAACUUUUACAUAUGUAUGGUGCAAUCAGAAAUCAUGGGUAGCUGGGACUGGGGAGCUGGUGGUCUCUGGAAUCAUCAUAUGCCUGUUGCUGGGUGAUGCC